GAAGAAGAAGAAAAAGAAAAAGAAGAACAGACGCGCGCAUCUUCAACGACUUGUCCUCGAGCUCAAUAUAAACAGCUACAGUCCGCGAGCCCGCCUCACGAGCCAGUAUGUCAGCAAGACCGCAGCUGACAACCUAUGUGAAGCAGAUGGCUUUCAUUCAUUGUCCAUAAAAGUUGAAUAUUACAGGUCACUUGAGUAUCGUCUAAAGUGGAAAAGCCACAUGUAUACCAGACGCUCCUCCAGACUGCUAAACUCCUCUAAGAACAAGAACACCCAGGAAAGUCCCAGCUCAGAUGUAGAUGUCAUCCAGCGCCAGCUGAGGAGUAAGAGACAUCGGACAUGGCUGAGGGAGGCCGACAAUGGCGUACUUAAUACAGAUGAGGAUAGCGGCCAUGACAUCAUUGACCUCAUCAGCAACACACAUGAUGAGGAGCAUGUGACGGUGGAGGAUGAUGGAAAGGUUGUAGAGGUAGCUGAUAAAGGAGUGGAUGAGUCAGAUGAAGACUGUGGCUCUGAUAACAGCAGCAUAGCUUCAGGUCCUUCCCUCCUAUAUAUCAACAGUCAGAAGAAGCUGAAGCCUUCACAGGGCCUGUGCUCAGCCUGUCGGAAGCUCUACCAGAAGGCAAAGACGAUGAAGGUGCCGCUCAAAGACAAACUCUUAGAUAAUGAUCCCUCCUCCCUGACAUGUGAUCAGUGGGUCCUGCUCAAACAGUGGAGACCGAGGAGGCUGCCUGAUGCAAGAGGGAAUCUUUUGAUGCAUGUACAGCUGGUGAAGAAAAGGCUAGAGAAGAAAGGUGCGAAGCAAAGCGAGCAGUAUUUACGAGGCUCAUCUUUCUGCUCAAGGCCGCAACCGUUCUUACAGAGGAACCUCAGGCGACGUGUCAAGGUGCCGGCGAAAAAGGUGAAGAAGAACAAGAAGAAGAGAGCAAGAGAUGAUUCUCAGGGUUCUCGCAUCGCUAAGCAGAAGCGUCUCCACAGCAACAACACAGGCCAAUACGCCAACGUUAACGGCGCCGAUUACAACAGUCUUCACUCUGUCGACGGUCACAGUAGCAGUCCUGGUUUUGAGGGUUGCUGCAAUGAAGAAAGUGACAAUGAAGCAGACACAUGUCUGAUUGAGUUGAAGCCGUCUUCAGUCACCUUAGUGCCCAACAAGCCAGUAGACGUCUCACCCAAGAAAAAAGCAGCAAAGAGGACGGCUGGAUUCAGAGACUUGCUUGCCCAGUUGCGCGGCAACAGCAGCAUGAUCAUCAGAGAAACACGUUAGUGAGUUGACUGACCUUUUUUAAGCUGCAGUUAAACAACUACAGUAUUAGUACCCACGCACUGACGCCGAGGGUACUUUUGUUUUUUACCUGGUUUUCUGUGUUUAGCUUGGUGUUGUUUAGAGAUGCAAAGAAAGAUUAUUUUCAUUUUUGAUUCAUCUGCAGGUUGUUUUUUUUGUUCUCAACAUUUAGUCUACAAAAUAACAGAAAAUAGGGAGAAAUGUACGUUUUCUUCAGCAAUUUUUUUGGUAUUUUUGCCGUAAAAAUGACUAAUACGAUUAUUCAGUUAUUAAAAGUUGCAGAUACAUUUUCUGUCAAUUGACUGAUCGAUAAAUCAGCUUAUCGUUGCAGCUCUGAUAUUGUUCUGUUCUGAAUACCAGUAUGUAAAUAAUUGCAUGUAUCUGUUCUGUUACAGUUCCACUAACUUUCAUGUUAUUUAUUCUGCUUGAAUUACAGAGAAUUGUUUAUUUAAAACUUUAUACAACAGGAUGACUGUGAAUAAAUGUGUGUUUUUUCUUUUUUAAA